AUGCCUCGAAUCGUCUGGCAAUGUUUCGCGCCUGUGAGCGACCCUGGAAAUCAUGGCUCGGACCCCUCCAAGUGGUCUCUUCAGGUUGCUCCUUUCCAGUCUGAGAACAAUUCGAUCUGGAUUGGUCAUCACAAUCAGCCAUCGAGAAAGUAUCUCGGCGUCUUCCCAAGCUUUGAUGAGGUUAUCGAUCGCUGUCGACGCAACGCUAUCGCAGGCGGUCCAAACACCUCAUUCCCUCGCUUCACCACGAGAGUUUUCAGCACUAAGCACACCGACGUAGCCAGUCCCGAGAGCUACUCGAGACAUGUCUGUUGUGCUGCUUGUCAGGACAGCGGCAUGGAGAGAAUGACUCUCCAAUUUCUUCCUGUGAAGACGGGACUUUCAACUGGCAGGACCAAGAACAAGACAGUCUAUCUAAUCAUGUACAAAUUCUGGCUCAGGGGUGAACAGAUGGUCGCGCUUCUGCAACAUGUAGCUAGCGGCAAACAUUGCUUUCAAAAGACAGACGGUACUCUGUCCAAAGUACUUGCUUUGGACUCGAAACACGGAUGCAGAGACCACUCACAAUCGCUCAGUCCUUCUGAAAGUGAGGACGAUUCAGACUCAUCCAGCUUAACUGAGUUCGAUUGUGCCGAGGACGAAACUGCAACGGAUGCUAAUAUAUCGCCGCAUCCAUCUCUACCAUCGAACCAAUGGCAUCAGCUUCAAGAACCAAUGACCAACAUUGUUGCCCCAUCUCCACAGACCCCACCCAUGCCGCAAGAGCUGCCAGCCCAACCUCGUGUUCGUGGCCGUGUUGUCAUCGACAUGACAGACGAUGACGAGCCAUCACCUAUCAAGCAAGAAACAUCGGACCAUUCCCAGCACAUGACGGCUCCCAUGCUUUACGGAACUCCGUCAGCCACACCAGCAUCUACCCCGUCAAUCGCGCCUAGCGAAGACCUGUCUUUCUCUGAUCGUUUCGGACCAGACCCCCUUGCCGAAGAGUUCGGCCGAAUCACCACUCAAAUCGUCCAAGAAUACUCCAUGAGAGUGUUCGCGCUGCCAGAGGUCAUUGGUCUGAUCCAGAGGAUGAAGCAAGCCGUCAAGGCAGGCGAUAGACCUGCACUUUGUCGCGCUUAUGGGGCUCUUCAAGCAUUCUUGAUCACGGUCGAGUAG